UAACUGAACAGAAGAUUAGAGAUUUUACCAGCAGUAGCACUACUACACUUUUCAAACUACAGUUUAAUAACUUCAGUUGAUAAAAUCUCAAGAUUGGCGAGCAUGGAGAAGAACGCAUAUUUUGAGGGUGUAAAUCAUUUGAAUGCAUUCAUAAAUUUUCUCUCUGGUCAUUGUUUGCCGCUCAGUGACGACCCAAAAAAGUUAAGCUUUCUCGACAGUUUAUGGUUGAUGUUCGCGUGGUCAGUUAAAAUGUUAUACUUAACGACUGCCGUUUUGGGCACUUUGCAUUUUGCCAACCUCACGGCAGACCAAGCUUUCAAGAAAUCUGGUGCUAUCGCGAUGCUCACUAUCGAAGUGUUGAUUCCUCUUUUGUAUCUUAAUUUUCGACGAAGUGAUCUUCGCAAAUUGAUCAAGAAUUACAAUCUCAUUCUCAUCGAUUGCGAUGAUUUGAGACAAUGUGUUUGUCAAACGGUGAAACAUUACAACGCGGGCCUUAGCUUUUUCUUCAUUGCAGGCCUCUUCCCUGUAGUCCUUUUUCCAGCAGCACCAAUUUUUCGAAUUUUCGAGAGCGAACAAUUCACGUACGCCGAUUUUACGGUACCUGCUUACUUACCCGGUGAACCAUUCGGAAGGAGUGUUUUCGCAGCCGGUGUUGCUAUACAAGUUGUCGGUGGUUGCAUCUUACAUACUGGAGUGAUCGCUAUAUAUUUAUAUGUCAUUCAUUAUAUUGCCGUAUUAAUGGGUCAAUAUAAAUACGUUCGCAUACGAAUAGCUGAAGCGUUUAGUGAAAAGGACGAUCCAAGGGACGACUUGUCUGUAAUAACUGCACUCCGUGAAUGCGUUGAUCAUCAUUCUGCCGUCAUUAAAGUUGGGCAAACGCUCAUCGGAAUAUUGGCGUUUCAUAUCGGCGUAACGUACAUUACUUGCAUUAUGGAAUUCUGUUUUCUAGCUUACGGAGUAAUAACAUUCGGAAAUGCCAUCGUCGAAAAGUUUACCUACAUGAUUUACAUAUUUUUUCGCAUAUUGCUGGUAUUUAUAUUCUGCUCCAGCAUUCAAGAAUUGGUCGAUGCAAGCACGUCUGUUACGGAUGACGCAUUUCACGAAAAUUGGUAUACUCGGAGUAAGACCGUGCAGAAAAUCUUUUUCAUUCUUCAACUCAGCAGCCAGAUGGAAUGUCGUGUCAGCGCUUAUCGAAUCGUUGAUCUCGUCGUUCCAACUUUGGCAUUGAUUUUGAGCAAAUCGUACUCAGUUUGCUUACUUCUACUCAACAUCAAAUGAAUGUCGUGCUUUGCUGCAUCAAAUUAACUGAAACGUUCCAUGUUAAUUUCGUGUCGCAGCUAUGAUAACCGCGACUUAGUAUUGGGAGUCACAAAACUAUAAAACUUCUUUCACUAUUGAUGCAACUAGAUCGGACUCGAGAGUUACUAUUUGGAUUAUAAAUAUUGUUACGGUUUCCCUCUUUUAAAUUCUCAUAUAUAUUUGUAUUAACUAAACGAACAUCUGGUGCCUCUUG